UUGAAUUAUUUUCUAGAAAUUAUUCGCAUGUGACACUUCUCAUUAACGCACAUAGGCAAUAUGACAUCUUUAGAUUUAAGACAACAAAAACUCGAACAACAGAGACAAUUAAUUGCGCAAAAGAUGAAACAAAAACGACAAAGUGGUGCUGGUGGUAUGGUACAGGCAUCUAAUAUAUCAAGCACACAGCUUACAAGUCAUUCUACAAAAUGGAUGAAUCCAAAUAAAGAGCUACGUGGAUAUGAUGGGCCAUUACAGUUUAAUAUAUCACAAACAAAUCAAGAUUUAAACACAUUUGUAGAAAAUAAGGAUAUGGAAGCAAGAAUCAAUGAAGAAAGUACAGAGGGUAGCUUUUAUCAAACUAUGGAAGCUACUGAUUGUGCAGAUGAAGAAUCAUCACCUAUAGACAUACAUUCACCCUCAGAAUCAUUACCAUGUUCUUCACCUCUCAGAGUAACUCCAUCGGAUGGUGCUGGUACAUUUAUUAGUAGAGAAAAUAAUUCUUCGAGUCCAGAAUUAGAAGGAAAUGUGGAAGGGAACAUAGAACAUUUUGUUUUACAACCAGCAAAUAAAAAAAUGCAUUAUAAAUGUAGAAUAACACGUGAUAGGAAGGGUAUGGAUCGUGGUCUUUAUCCAACAUAUUUUUUACAUUUAGAACGUGAUUAUGGAAAAAAGAUUUUCUUAUUGGCUGGGCGUAAAAGGAAAAAAAGUACAACAAGUAAUUAUUUAAUUUCUACUGAUCCCACAGAUCUUUCAAGAGCAGGAGAGUCUUAUAUUGGAAAAUUAAGAUCGAAUCUUCUGGGAACACAAUUUACUGUAUAUGAUAAUGGAUAUUCAUUAAUGAAGGACGAUAAACGAGAUGAUCGUUUUAACCCGAGACAAGAGUUAGCUGCAGUGAUAUACGAUACUAACGUUUUAGGAUUCAAAGGCCCACGUAAAAUGACCGUUAUUAUUCCGGGGAUGACCUCAGAUCAGAAAAGAGUUGAAAUUUAUCCACGUGAUGAAUCAGAAACGUUACUUGAACGAUGGAAAACAAAAAAUAUGGACAAUUUAAUAGAAUUACAUAAUAAGACUCCUGUAUGGAAUGAUGAUACACAAUCGUAUGUACUUAAUUUCCAUGGACGUGUGACCCAAGCUUCUGUUAAAAAUUUUCAAGUGGUACAUGAUAGUGAUGUUGAUUAUGUUGUUAUGCAAUUUGGCCGUGUGGCAGAAGAUGUUUUCACAAUGGAUUAUAGGUUUCCAUUGUGCACACUUCAAGCAUUCGCUAUCGCUUUAAGCAGCUUUGAUAGUAAGUUAGCCUGUGAAUAA